UAAUAUAUGAUCAAAUAGAAAUUUGUUGUGUACCAACGUGAUAUUAUUUACCUACGUAUUGUUGAACCUGAGUCCUACAGUUUGGGAAGAAAUUACUCUAAAAUUAAAUAAAGAAAUUGACGUUUCGACUUUAUCUAUAGUAAAGGAGGCAUGAUUAUUAAAAUAAAAUAAAUAGAAUGGAAAAUGCACACCAUCCCUUGUAUCCUCAAAGCAAUGUUGCAAAAUUUAGUGGAUAUGAGCCUGAUAAAUACGCUAUAGAUGAAGUGUCCCUCACGGUGAAAACAGAUGAAUGCUUGACCCCUGGCAGGCCCCCGACCCUAACUCAAAACACUAUCGGAAAAUUCCUUCAACCAUUAACCAGAGCUUUGGUGGAAGUACCUCCCAGACCAACUAUAGAUGAACUACCAGAUGCUGUGAUAGAUAGAAUGGUGCAAAUGGAUAAAGCCUUCUGGGUGGAUAAGCCUGGUGCCAAUGCAUACACGCUCCAUGAUGCAUACUACAAUUACGGGAUGACUACUGAAAAAGUUUUACCUCCGCACCAGGAUGUCUUCCCUCGGUCCUAUCAGUUCGACUUGGAUUGCGUGAAGUACCGGCGUCUGCAUGCAUGUGACAAUUUCAAGCCGACUGCGGAGGCGACGAAGAAAAAUCCCCUUUGCCGUGAUUGUCGUCACGUCAAAAUGUCGGAUUUGGUGGCAUCCAAUGCGACGUAUGAGCAAGAUUCGGGGCAGAAACGCUGGAGGCAAUACCCUGAUGUUAAGGCUACUCUAUCUCCUGAGCAAAUACGUGAAAUGAUGAAAGAGGUAGGUCGUCCAUUUCAGAACGAAGCCUGUAACUGGUAUUAUUCAAACUACCCUCCAGUUAAAUAUAAUUGCAUAAUGCGAAAAUUUUCGAAUUAA